AUGGGGAGACAGAGCAGGAGCUACAGCCUCUAUUUUGACAUCCUGAGUAACAUUUUUGCCAUUUACGAACCUCUGCUCAGACAAAGAUUCCUGGACGAACUGCCGGGCAGCCUGGUGUGCAUCCUGUCAGAGCGGACAGACUGCAACCUGGAGGCCGAGUUGACGCGCGUCCUCCUGGGCGCAUCGCAGGAGCCUCUCCGCUCCUUCAUGGCCACGGCGCGCAGUCAGACGUGUCCGCUGUCCAAAGCAUCGACAGGCUCCGGCAUACUCGCCACGUACCUCCGCAUGGAGGAGGACAGCGACGGCGACAGCAACGGAUUCGAAAACAUGCUGAUCAACACGCUGCUCAACGUCCCUCUGAACGCGACUAAUAAUUUCAUCGCGUCUUGGAAUAAUUUCGUCGACUUGACCAUGCCGCCCAUAGUGUCUUUCGUUUCAGACUUCAUGGUGACUGUGCUCCAGACACCCAUGUACUUUGUGAAGCUGGCCCUGCAGCUUGGCAUCGAUCUACCCAGUCUGGACCAACGAGAACAGUGCUCUCAAGGUGACUUAAAACAACUUUUGAUGUGGGGUAUGGUGCACAAUGUGAACUGGUCGUUCGGGGACUCCAUCCUGGACAUUUUCUUCGCCCCCGAGCCCCCUCCCUGCAGCUACCCAGGGGCUACCCAGGACUGCCAGACCAACCCCCAGUUCACCCGCAGUGCCAGGGCCAGCGCCCCCCUCUCCGUGCCCCUUCCCGUGCCCAGCCCUGGACUUGUAGACCCGCCUCAUCAUGACCCAGCACUUGGCACAGGCACAGGCACAGACACAGGCUCCCAGGGUUCCUCUGGGCCCCGUUCCGGCCGCAUGCUGCCCCCGGAUUCCAAAGCUCCCAGCUCCCUCUUCAGCCGCGGGUUGCCGCCAGAUUCCGAGGUUCCGAAUUCCGAGUUCAACCACCUGUUUUCUCCGGAUUCCGAAGUUCCGAAUUCGGUGUUGAACCGCGUCCUGAACAGCUCUGAUGUGAGCCACAGCAUGCUGGCUGACAUGGACAACGAGGAAAUCAGAAAACUCAUGCUGCAAGACAUGCAGAACUCCAUAGACAACUCCUCCUCCUCCUCCUCCACGGAUGACGACCGCGAGCACCUCCUCAGCUGUGACCGCGCCUCCCUGGCGCACCUGAACGCCACCCUGUGUGAGGAGCUCCUGCGGGGGCCGCCGUCCUCGUACCCGACUCCUCCCCGAGCCGGUCGCAGCCUCAAGGAGCUGCUGUGCGUCUACGAGAACUGGGUGGACCAGGCCUUCAUCGACCCCACCGACAUCAGCCUGUGCGCCGAGAACUUCCAGGACGAGUUUGUGCCGGGCGUCUGCGAGAGCGCGCCCGUCUUCGCCCAAGUGGUCAACGGCGGCAAGAACCCCUGGCUGUGGCAGUACUGCUUCAACGCCUCCCUGGACCACAUGGUGGCGCAAUACUGCGACUUUGACAGCUGGACCGUCGUCACGCCGUCCUUGGUGAAGCUGUGCUGGCAGCACCACCGGGGCCGGUUCGAGGCCAAGCUGUGCGGGUUCGAUCACGACUUCUUCAGCUUGAUCUUCUCGAACCCGGACAACAGGUGGCUGAGGCCCAACUGCACUACGCAGCCGCCGUCACCGACAGACGUGGGCUUGGGUCUGCCGGGCUCGGGCGGCGCGCUGGUGAACGAGGCCUGCCGCUACUACACCUGGGAUGUGACGUCGCCGUCCGUCGUGGACCUGCUCUCCGUCUGCAUACAGAAUGAUGAGAUGGGAUUCCGGGUGCACGUGUGUGGCAACUCCACCUUCCUGAACGAGCUCCUGAAGAACAGCGCCCACCGCUGGGUCGGGGACUACUGCAGCACCUUGCCCACGGCACCGGGCCCAACAGCACCGGGAGGAGGGGGAGGGGGAGGGGGGCCUGGGUCCCAGAUUCCAGAAGCUGUCGGCGUGCCCGUGUGGUGCAACUACGACGAGUGGCCCAAGAUCGUAGUGGACCCCUCCGUGGUGGGGCUCUGCUGGCAGAUGGACCAGCUGGGCUUCCAGAAGAACGUGUGCUGCAACCUGCAGCUGUUUGACCAGCUGAUCGUGGAGCCGCUAAACCAGUGGCUGAUGUCGGUGUGCGCGGACGACCAGGAGCGCGUCGACAUCCUCGCCCAGACGUGCCGCUACGGCGACUGGAGCCAGCCGGUCAUCGUGGACAUGACGGACCUGGCCCUCUGCGCUGACAAGGACGCCGAGAACUUCACCAAGAUGGUCUGCAUGAACCAGGUGGUGUUGCAGAACCUGCUUGCCAACCUGGACAACACCUGGCUCCUGCAGCACUGUGCCAACGACAGCGCGGGCAUUGAGGGCCUCGAGGGCAUCGACCCGGCACAGCAUUGCCACUACGGCAGCUGGGGCACGGCGCUGCCCGACCCGUUCCUCCUGGCAUUCUGCUGGGACUACGACCAGGCUAACUUUGUUGGGUCCAUCUGUACGAACGUGGCCAUCUUGUCUCUGCUGAGGCAGGAGAGCUCCAGUGCCUGGGUGGGCACGCUGUGCGCCACCUAUAGCGGUGGAGGCACAGGUAACGGUAAUGGCGGCACCGCCACCACCACCACCACCACUACCUCCUCCUACGCCUCGCCCCCGAAGCGCCCGUGCCCUGUGAGGGAGGUGGUGCAGCGCCUCAACUGGACCUGCAGUGCCGACUUCGCCGUGGUGUGCCGCCCGGCUGCCAGCGAGCGCCAGGCCCUUCAGAUGCUGGUCCGCUGUGGCCUGGAGGUCCUGCAGUCCCGUAUUGACCCGCUGUUGACCCAGACGGGAGCCUCGGUGCUGGGCCAGGCGUCCAGCCUGACUGUGGUGCUGCUGGUGGCUCUGGAGGAGAGCAAGAUGACGGGCCUGAGGGUCACGGACAACAUACUCCUCAGCGUGCUGGAGGGCAUUAACAGAUACACAGAGACCGAGAAGAACUUCCAGAACAAACGGGUGCUGCUGCAGUGCUUUUCGAAAGUGUUGACUAGACUGGCCAUGCAGCAGUUUAGGGAUGUGACCAGUGACACCUCGUCCCUCAUCAAGGAGUAUUUCAGUAUUCCUCUGGAUAGCCAGUGGGCGGUACUGAGAGACAUGGACACCACCACCAUACGCACUAUCCUGCAGUACUUCAAUGGCAACCGACACAAGCUACAGCUGUCGGAGGAGUAUCUGCAGAACAUGGUGUCAGUGUUCUUCCAGGUGCAUCUGCCUCGUGACCCCAGCCUCUUCCCCGACCUCCUGCCCCUCUUCUCCAUGGCCUCCCCACAAGACAUACUGGCACUACCGGACAUGCAGCACAACCCCAACGUUAUCAGCACCAUCAACGCUCUGCUGCCCUCCUUGUCUAUGGAUCGGCGGGUCGCGUUCGGCCGCUGGUACUCGCGUGGUGUGAGCCGGGCCAACCUGACGGAGGCGCAGGGCGGCCUCUCCAUCAUCAGGGACACGGGACACCUGAUAGCCUACCUGCCCUUCCAGCACUUCCAGCACUUCUCACCUGCUCAGCUCCUGGACGGUCUAGACGUGUUGCUAGACAGCUCCCUGUCCUCCCUGAAGCAGCACUUCAUCGCCCAGAGUGUCGCCGGAUCAUUCCGGAACCUCACGGCCCAGCAGUUCGAAAGUCUGGGUAAUCUGACGUGUCUGGCUGACCCCGAGGACCUGAAGCUCUACGCCAACACUGAGGCCUUCACCGCCAUACAGGAGAACAUCAGGAAGUGUGCAGCGCAGGGACAGCAACUACCCAGCAGUAUGGUGUCUGGUCUGAUGUUGACGCCAUCGCAGCUGAGUUCCCCGUCCAGCCUGAGUGCGGAGAGCCUGGCCCAGCUCUCGCCCUUCCUGCCGCAGAUGGGCACCGACUUCCUGUCCAAGCUCAACCCCUCGCAGCUCAACGCCGCCCUGCCCAACCUCGCCUCCGUACCCUUCUCACCAGCACAGGCAGCGGUCAUCGUCAACAAGCUGGCAGCCUCAGGCAGUCUCUCCGAGCCUGGGCGCCUCUCUGCGCUGGGUUCCCUGGUGAGUGGGGUGCAGGUGGAGACCUUGUGGCGUAUCCCCCCCGACAGCCUGCUGGCCUCCCUCCCCAACAUCAGCCUCCAGAGCCGGCCCGGCCUCACCGCCCCCCAACAGAACACCAUCACCACCAAACUAUGGGGGUCGCCAGAGGUCACCAAGUGGCUGGAUAAGCUGGAGGCCUUGUUGCCUGUCACCCCCCUGCUCAGCCUGCACAUCCGCCGCGGGCAACUCAUCGCCAACAUCACCACAACAUGCAACAAAACCUGGAACACACAACAGGCCAUAGCCCUGUUUGAAGCAAUGGAGAAAGACAGAGGGAAGCAGAGGAGGGGUGCUAUGUCCAUACAGGACUUUAUAGCUCUGGGCACCAUAGGUCCGGGUGUGAGCUGUCUUGCCAUGAGGCGGUUGUUCCAGAGCCCUCCGUCUCUGGCCGCUGUGAAAGAGGUGCUGCUCUUCCUCCGCACGCAGCCUGUGGCUCUCCACACAUCAGUGAAAAAUUGCCUCAUCGAUGAGCUGUACCAGCUGGAUUUGUACUCGGAGGUCAUUGGGGAGUUGGGAGCCCAGAUUGCUCUGUCCCUGCCGGUGAGUACCAUUAAGAAGUUCACUCUGGACAUGAUGAAGGCCCUGCGCCAGAUGAUCCUGGAGGAGCCACAGUACUUCAUGAUGCUCCCCACCAACAAGAAACUACUAGUGGUGGACAAGAUGCUGCAGAGACUGAGCAUGUACACAGGCGUUUACACCAAGGAGGAGUUCCGCAGCCUGGGUGUCAUGGCAACCUACGUAGCGGAUGAGAUCUUAGUUCAGGUGGAUCGUCAGUUCCUGCUUGACAACAUGGAGAUGGUGGAGAAGAUGUGUUAUGAACACACCAAACCAGGCCUGCUCGCCCACAUGCUACAGGAGAACAGCACCUUUGGGCCGGCACAGUAUUGGACGCCGCAGGUUCUGAUCCAGGUGGGCCGGCUGUUCUUCUUCCUCCCCAGGGAGACGAUCCAACUGAUUCCCUCUGCGAUGAUGACCCAGGAGCGUAUUGAACGUCUGUUCAUGCGGCAGCGUGAGUGGGAGGAAAGUGAGUCUGGCACCCUCUGUCUGCGGAGCAUGGGAGAGCAGGCCGCUAAGGACCUCUUCAGCAAACAGCAGUUCGUGCUGCAGAACUUCCUGGGCUUCCUACGACCCACCCCACAGCCACCCAUGCUGGUUCCCAGCUGUGAGAGUCUGCACGUGACGCGUCCGUCUGCCUGGACCCUGGACAGCCUGAAAGGGAUGGCUGCAGACGACUUCUCCCGAUGCCUGGAGCUCAUGGGCCAAGACCCAUACCUCUCUACCUACCAGCUAAAGAUCCUACUGGACAAAGUCAAACUGCUGUAUGGUCCCGCCUCCAGCUUCUCCCCAUCUCUGAUUAGUCAGCUGGGCCGCCUGUCAUCCCAGUUCUCCCUGACGGAGAUGGCCCACCUCAACCUAUCAGAGACCAGAGCUGUGGCAGCACUCGGAGCCCUCAGCACCUGGAACAGCAAACAGAUGCCCGUGCUGUUCCAGAGUGUCCUCAACUCCACCCGCAGCACCCCCACUGACCUGCUCUCCAGCAGCCUGGUCGCCCUCGGUUACGUCAUCUGCGGCAUCGACCACGCCACCAUGCGACAACUCAACGCCGUCGAGUUCAGUAAGGCGGUGUUGUGGCUGGGUCGUCUGAGGCUUGCCUGUUCUGAGGAGCAGCAGAGGGCCAUGGUGGUUCUCCUCAGUCACUCCCUGGCCUUUGGACCAAUCAGCUCCUGGGGAACAGACGUCUUCCUGGAGGUGGGAUCUAUUGCAGUGGGCCUGUUGGAUAUGGAGAUGUCGUCCCUGAUUGGUGAACAGAUCCAGGGCCUAACGCCAUUGGCCAUCUCCCUAAUCCCCCCGGAGAAGUUUGCUGUGGUGUUUCGGCCGGUCCAGAUCAGCAUGUUCUCCUAUGAGCAGGCGGUGGCGGUGACUAAGGCCCAGUACGUCGCCAUGACGCCCGAGCAGCAGACCGCCCUCUCCAUGGUCAUCAACCCCUGGGAGAACAAACCGGUGGACUUCAGAGGGAGGUCAUCGGGGGUGUGUGUGGUGCCGUAUCCUCUGUGUCACCUGGCCACAGUCCUGACGCUGCUGUGGCUGCACCUCCUCUUCUCCCCUCCAACCUGA